GCUGCCUCUCGUUAGCCCGGCGCUGGCCCGCGAGCACGCGGCCCCGACGUCGCGCCUUCGGGAAGCCGAGGUUUGCAAUGGAAUGUGAUGGGAAGCAGGGACGUGACUCCGGUGAAACUCGGAGUUCUCCACGAUGAGUACCAGCAGUCUGCCGAGUGGCUGAAGUCUCAGACCAAACACCGCCCCCAAGUGGCCAUCAUCUGCGGUUCGGGUUUGGGCAUGCUGGCCGACGCCCUCAAGUGCCAGGAUUCCUUCCCUUACGCCGACAUCCCGGGCUUCCCGCAGAGCACAGUUCAAGGUCACGCCGGCAGGCUGGUUUUCGGGGAGCUGAAGGGGAAAACCUGUGUGUGCAUGCAGGGCCGAUUCCACAUGUAUGAAGGACACUCACUAGGCAAGACCACCUUUCCCGUGCGAGUCUUCAAGCUGCUGGGCGUGGAGACCUUGAUCGUGACCAACGCCGCCGGCUCGGUGGCUGACGGCCUGCGCCCCGGCGACAUCAUGCUCAUCAAGGACCACGUCAACUUCCCCGGCCUGGUGGGUCUCAACCCACUGAGCGGACCCAACGACGACAAGUUCGGGCCGCGAUUCCCGGCCAUGUCGGGGUGCUACGACAAAGGAUUGCGCUCCCUGGCCCUGGACAUCGCAAAGCAGAUGGGCGUGGCCGACCUGAUGCGGGAGGGGGUGUACGCCAUGGUGGGGGGGCCCACUUUCGAAACCAUCGCCGAGGCCAGACUGCUGCAUCGACUGGGGGUGGACGCUGUCGGCAUGAGUACUGCCCCCGAGGUCGUCAUAGCAACCCACUGUGGUCUGAGGGUCUUUGGUCUCUCUCUAAUCACCAAUAAGGUGGUGAAGAGUUACGAGGACCCGGAUAGCGUGGACCACCAGGGCGUUCUGGAGGUGGGCCGCCAGCGCUCUCACACGCUGCAGCAACUCGUGACCCAACUCGUUGCCAGGAUGGAAAUCAACAACAACAUCGGCGGCAGCAGGGACAAUACUCUCUGAGAGGGGGCGCCUUUUCCUUUUUUUUUUUUUUUUUUUUUGUACAGUUGAGAUUUUACAGCUAACUUCUGUUUAUGAUACACAUCAAAAUAUUUAUAGAAUGUAACAUCCCGCUAUAUAAGUUGUAAAGCUGUAAUCUUAUCAUCUAUCUUGUAUUAUUGUGCUGAAAAUUUCCUCUCCCAAAAAAAAAAAUUUGCAACUAGCAUUAAGACACGACAUCAUAGCACAAGGUCAAUAAAAGGUUCAUCAUAAACGGCACAAUUUAAUGACUAACAAGACAAUUGUCCGUUUUUAUUAAAUCACUAAAUUAUGUUAAAUGAGCUACGCAAGUGAGUAAUUUAAUUAGUCAAGCUGUGAGCAAGCACCUAUAUUUAGCAAGAGUUUGAACCC